CACUGUUUGUAAAAAGUUCAGGACACCACUGUUCUGCGCAAUGGAAGUAAUGACAAUUGGAGUUCGAAAUGAAAAAUGACGAAGAGUUGAUUCGGUUGAUCGCUGCCUAUCCCAUCCAAGCAAAGGCGUUCUUGACGAAUCUCCGUCGAAAUGGGCAACGACGUGCUUGUGACGUCGCUAAUCAAGUGGCCAUAAGCGAUUUACGAACUGUCGAUGCUGGUUUUAACUGGACCAGUAGAGUCGUAAAUCCGAACAACGAUGUUCCGGCUCCGUUCUGUGCAGAAACUACUUACAACAGAUUCUUCGGCUAUGCGGACCGUACUUUCAGAUGGGCUCAGCCAGUGUUACGAUUUGGCGAAACGCCUGUCUUCACGGAUUCCUUAUUGUAUCCCACGCAACAGCGUCGUUUGCGUAGCACUACGCAUGAGGCAUUUGCUCCCAAGCAAGUGAGUUCAGUCGAUUUAGGAUGA